UAGCUUUACCCAGAAAUGAAAAGCGAAACUAACCUAGAAGUUCAUGCAAACAUGAGCAUAUAGACACACACACACACAGACUGCUAAGGAAAACACUUACACAAAAGGGUGUGUAAUUUUGAUGAAAUGAAACUCUACUACACACUACGAAUACAGAAGAGUACAGUCAGAAUAAGGAAAGACAGAUUGUCAGAAAUGAGGAGAGGAUCAGAACUUCACCAAGGUCGCUCCGCCCUAAUCUGACGUGCUGAUGUACUGCACAGGGAUUGGAGAGGAGAAGAUUGUGCGUCUUUUAAAAAUUAACCUGGAUUUUCACCACAAUCAAACCACAGACAUGAAUCCCUUCAGAUCCUUCACACCUUCCUACUCUACUCUACGGGACACUCCUGUGGCCAUCUUGCAACACCUCAAAUGUUCCAUUUGUAUUGAUGUUCUGGAGGAGCCUGUCACUACCGCCUGUGGUCACACCUUCUGCAAGAAAUGCCUGGAUCGCCACAUGGCCAUCAAUGACCUAGUCUGCCCAUUGUGCAAGCAGCAUCUGAGAUUAAAACCACAAGUAAACAUUGCCUUUAGAGAUAUUCUGAAGGAUUUCUAUGAAGCCCAGAGUCCCAUUCCUGAUGAGUUCGCUGGACAGCCGGAGGAGGUCCCCUGUGACGUCUGCCCUGAUAGUCGCAAGUAUAAAGCAGUCAAGUCCUGUCUGAUGUGCUUGUUGUCAUACUGCAAUCAACAUCUUAAAAGGCACCACAACAAGCUACGUUCCAAAGGGCAUAAGCUGGUGGAGCCACUGAAUGAGCUGGAUCAGCGAGCAUGCAUGAUCCACGGCAGGCCUCUGGAGCUCUAUUCAGUCAGCGAGGGGAAGUUAAUCUGCAGUCUCUGUGUGAAAGGUGGGACAAAUGUGGUGUCUGUGGAGGAAGAAAGAGACAGAAGGCAGGCAGAGCUGGGCACUGUUAUAAGUGAGAUGAAACAGGGAAUACAGCAGAGAGAGGAGAAAGUGAAGGAGCUGGACAAUUCAGCAGCAAUCUGCCUGGCACUGAUUGACCAGGAGUCAAAGGAAAUUAAAAAGGUUUUCAAUGCCAUAAAGAAAGCAAUUCAGAAAGCAGAGAAUGAGGUGUUGAGCCCUUUAGAAGAACGGAAGAAGGAAGUGGAACAGGAGGCAGAGGAGCUGAAAAGAGAUUUGCAGAGAAAGAUCAACACAUUGAGUAACACCAUCUCAGAUCUACAAACAUUGAGAGAUGAAGAAGAUCCUGUCUUCUUCCUACAGAGUUAUCCCUCUGACAAAAUGGAAGAUAAUGGCAAUGACUGGAUGUCUAUUUUUUUGGAUACUGAUUUGAGCUUUGGCACAAUAAGGAGCAUGGAGGUGACCAUGAUGGCUAAUAUUAAGGACGAGUUUGAGAAACUCUCCAGAAUUGAAACUGCAAGGAUUAAGAAAUAUGGAGUGGAUGUGACUCUGGAUCCCGACACUGCUAAUGCACAGCUCCUAAUUUCUGAUGACAUGAGGCAGGUGCACAGCUCUGUGGAGAAAAUGGAUGUAUCUGAUUGCCCUGAGAGGUUUGAUGUCUUUGGCAGCGUUUUGGGACAGAACCCGCUGGCUGAAGGCAGGGCCUUCUGGGUAGUGGAGGUUGGGAACAAACGAGGCUGGGAUAUUGGGGUGGCAAGAGAGAAGGCAAACAGGAAGGGUGCACUCUCCCUCAAACCAAGCCAAGGAUACUGGGCAAUUGUGCAUUAUAAUGACGACAAUUAUGCAGCUCUGGAAGACCCUCCCACCCUGCUGUCUCUUUCAAAUAAACCCUGUAAAGUAGGAGUGUUUGUUGAUUACAGCGAGAAGUUCGUCUCCUUCUAUGACAUGGAAGCAGAAACUCACAUUUACUCAUUUACUGACUGUGCAUUUGGAGCAGUAAUUAAACCCUACUUUAGCCCUCACCUUAAUGAGAAUGACCCUUUGGUCAUUUGCCCCGUCAAUUCCAGUGAAUAAGAUUUCUAUUUAAAGGGAAAGGUAAUUUUUGAGCAACUGUAAAAGCUGUACUGUUUAAUAAAUUUCAUAGACCCUUAUGUAAGAACAAUGAAUGACAUGUUCACAAGCAUAUACUGUUCAUUUAAAUAUUUGAAGGCUUUAACUUGUGAUUUUACUGGCAAUUUAAAUAUAUGCAUUCCAUUUGAUACUAAAAUAUGUAUAUAAUCAGGAAUGGUUAUUUGCAAAUAAAGGGAUCAAAGGUUCUGUGGUUAUUAAGUUCUUUUCGCAGUAGCCAAAAAAUGGCAUUAUUGUCUGUUUUGGGGGUACUUGUGUUCAGCAUUGAUUUUUUUUGUGAUAUCACACACCACAGUAGUGGUUAAUGGCUCAUAUGAAAGUAGACACUUAAGACUUUAAGAAUUAGCAGUUAUUUCAACUAUUUCUUUUUUUACCUAGCCUACCUGGGGCAAUAUAUUCAGAUU